UCCCUUCUGGAAUAAAUUAACAAGAUGCAAGAAGGUUUUUGUUACAUUUCUAAUCACCUCUAAGAAUUUUUUUUUUUUUUUAAAUGGACAAUUACUGGCCAGCGGUAGUAAUAAAAGCAAAUGAUGCAGCACUGUAGAAACACUCCAAUACAAGGUCAAAUUGUACAGAAGUAUUACAAGAGCAUCAAAGGUGCGUUAUGCAGAAUGGUAUUUACUGGUACAUAAUUGUACAGUACAUCAUGUCAUCUAAUCAUUACAGUCACUAUCAAUACUAGAAAAAAGAGCAAUAAGGAUAAUUCAUAAAGCUGGUUGUGUAGAUUACACAAAUUCACUCUUCUUAAAAUCAAAAAUGCUAAAGUUUACUUACCUAGUUCAUUUUCAAACAGCACUAACAACUAAACAAAAAAGAAACUCACUGAACGAAAACACACUUGGAGACAACUAUUAAAUCUAACACUCAAUAAACUAAGCCAAAAAAACCCUAAAACGGUAAAUCCUACAAAUCUGGAGCAGAAAUUAUUAAUCAAGGAAACAAGACAAAGUGAACAAUUGAACUGACAUAUACUAUGAGGAUUGCAAACAGGUGAAUUGAGUGAGCUAAUUGCUGCAGCUGAUUCAGGCAGACAGACAGACAGACAGACACAGAGAUAAACAGACGCAGAAAGAGCGAGACAGAGGGACAGCAUUGUUGACCCUCAUGCGGAGGUGGAGAUGCAUCACUGAGAAGGGAAAGAUGUAAAGUGUACUUGUAUGUGCAGAAGGUAAUUAUGUGAAGCUAAAGUGUAUAAACCGUUUACCUACAGUUAUUUAAACUUUACAACGUUAAGAAACGCAUACAAAGUCAACGGCAAAGCUCUUACAUUAAACUAUUCCCGCUUUAUUUGUCAAUACCUGUUGCAUUUUGAAAACGAAUUCGAGAGGUUUGUCCCUUCUCAUCUUCCGUAGUUGCUGCUACCUAAGCUAGCUGAUGGCUAGUAGUUACUUUCUAAAAAUUAGUCAGAGCAGAGGAGGAAAAUAAACUGUCAAAACUAGUAAGUGCAUCAGCGAACUGGCAAAGUUGGAGGAUAUGGUUGUGAAUCUCUGUCUGCCACAUUUUCAUACAACAGCUCACUGCAAUAAGCUGUGUGCAGAUGGCUACGAUGUCACAAACCUUGUGUCAGCUGACCCUGCUCUCCGUAGGCGGGGUUUCAAAUUGGAGUACUUCCUACGGCCACCUGUGCAGGUGACAUUAAAGUUUGGCUUCCAGGUGGAGCUGUGCAGGGUGGAUGUGGAGCUGUGGCCCUGGGGUAUGGAUCGAGGACAGGCCUCCAAGAGACUGGAGAUCAGCACCAGUUCUGAUCCUCUACCUUCCACAGACCACAAACAGGUUCAGCAAAAGGAAAGAAUGCAGGUGCAAGUGAAGGACCAGAGUGAACAGAACAGAGGAAAACAUCAAAAGCGUGACAGUAAAUCUAAGCAGAGUAGUGGCCACCAGUGGAGUCUUCAGGCCCAAAAGUGGGGGGAAGAGGCUCCAGGUGACUGUGCACAAAGAGGCCAUGUUUUCAACUGCCAGUCCAACACAGAAUCCAGCGAUCCAGAGCCGGAGUUUAAACUAGUAGGGCGUUGUGAACUUAGGGAAGACACGCAAGUCUGUUUCGCACGUUCAAAUUUUUGUCCGCGAGGCCCUUUCCUCUCCCUGCCUCCUCCACGGCCUGCAAACUGUCGGCAAGAGGAGCUGUGGAGUCGGGGUCUCCCUUCUCUUGGUGCUGUGACACAGCUCCGUGUCACUUUGCCGUUUGGCGGUGCUGCGUCUUCUCUUGGCUUGAAGGCUUUGGUUGUGUGGGGACAACCGGCUCGCUGCUGCCCUGCUGAAGAAGUGGAGAAGAUUAAAAGAGUCCAUGAGGCCAGUGCAAGACGGCUGCCACGACCUGCGUUUCCAGUCACGUCUGUCAGAGAGACCACACAACCGCCGCAAGCACCUCCGAGUUCUUCCAUCCCAGAGGAAUUCCUUGACCCGAUAACACAGGAGGUGAUGAUGCUGCCCAUGCUGCUGCCCAGUGGUGUGUCAGUAGACAACACCACUCUGGAAGAGCACCAGAAGAGGGAGGCAACUUGGGGUCGACCACCAAACGACCCCUUCACUGGUGUCCCGUUCACUUCCAGCUCCCAGCCUCUUCCUAACCCCCAGCUCAAAAGCCGCAUUGACCAAUUCCUCCUGCAGAAAGGGAUGAUGAGCAGGGACGGGAUGCUGGGGAGACAAGAGCAGGGAGAGAAUCCACAGGCCUCCAGACUUAUAACCUCCAAGCUACACGGACAGUCCCAGAACUCUCCACAUCCCUCUACAUGCUCAAUAGACAGUACUGCUAUUCAAUACAACGCAGACACCAUUAACGUCAACACGGUUACGCAAAUAGAAGGUGCUGAAUCAGGACCUUCAUCAGAUUAUAGGAGUCACAUGUCUAGCACUCUUAGUACUGAUGGUAAAUCAGAGUUGGACAGAAGAAAGAAAAGCGCUCUGGGGGAAGUUUCCAGAGAAUCAACAGAAGUGGUGACAGCUGAGAAACAACUACUACCUCAAACAAAAAGACCAAGAAAGGAUUCCACUCCUGCCCCCAACAGCAGCUCUCAUGAGCAGCGUUUGUCAGCAAGUCUGGACGAGGCGCUCUUCUCUGCCCUGCAGGGUCGACCAUCCUUCACCUCGAACUUGCCCCAGCAGAGGCAGCUUACUCCUGACCCUGAACCACUAAAAACCACCCAGCAGAGUCAGAGUUCAGGCUUUCCAGGCAUGACUACAGGUGAGAAGACCUGCUUUGCCUGUUUCUCUUCCAUCUCCGCUUACUCCACAACAGCAUCAUCCAUCUACCGCCUAACCUGCGGCCACUUCCUGUGCCGUGCCUGUCUGCAGAGGGAAUCAAAACCGCCAAAGUCUGCCACUAAACCAGCAUCCAGUCCCAUCUGCUGUCCAACCUGCCAAAGCUCGACCCCACGCAGCCACAUCAUACGUGUGCAUCGCUGACAGAUGGCUUAAGCAGCAAACUGACUGUAAACAAUAGAGAAACAUGGCAAGUUAGUACCCCAGAUGUUUUUGUAGAAUAAAAUAAGAAACACAUUUACAAUUGAAAGAGCAGGCCCUAGAUUGGUCUUAUUUAUAGAUUAUUUACUUUGUUUGACUCUACCUCCAUUCCUCCUUUGGAUAAAAAUCACAUCAUUCCACACGUCACACUGAUAUUUGUCAGAUUGUACUGUAACAGCAGUUAUAACAUUCAUCCCAAAUGUCUCAUUUCCAGUGUUAUUUUGUAAGACCUUUGCAUUAAAUCUUACUAAACAUCUGUUAAAGGCA